ACAUCUUGUUCCAGCUAGAGCUGCAGAUCUGUAUAGGAUGAUACGACCAAUUCUCCACUCGAUCAUUCAGACCCAUGACAAGGACCACCAGCAGCCAACGGUGGUUCAAAGCCGACCAGGAUGUCUGCCGUCGCCUCUUGUAGGAGGUUGGAACACAUUCUUGGAAGAUUGAGAGUCGAUUUGCUUACUCUCAAGGACGACGGACGAAAGUCUGGCAAUUUUCCGGACGUGAGAAGUCGCUCUUAGCCGUGCCGGGACCCGAAUCAAAGAUCACUGUACUCUUUCAAGAUACGGCGCAGACAUACGACAACCCCCUUUGAAGUCGCUUCAGAUACCAAAUCAACGACCGUCGUUGGCAGACGAGGCGUCGCAUCAUAUGUGCCCCACGAGGAACCAUGUACCGCCACUAUUACGGAGCCUCGGUGGACGACAUCAGUUACGACUAGGUUCCUGGAAGAUACUGUUGUGCCAAAAUUUGGUGGCACUGGGCCAUGUCCAUAAAUCUUGGUUCUCUGGACGAAGGAACUCGAUAUUGAGCCAUCUGGUGCGGCGGUUGAGGUCGCCAACGACACCUGACGAUAUUGCACAGCGAGAGUACAGCCGGAAGUCGUUCUACAAAUCUGGAGAAAACCAAAGCACGGUAUACUCGACUCAUCUUCGAAGAACGUUCUUGCGAGAUAUUGCAACAAAAUGUGGAGAUACAACGGUAUCACGAGGACAUCGAGUGAUCUGCGUCGCGACGAAGGCGAGCAAGCGACGGUGCUGCGAGAAUUUGCAAGGCGUUGCUACCAUCCUUUUAGCACCGGCGUUGUGCAGUCUACCGUUAUAUACUAUUUUUUGUGUGACCCUUUCGGCGGCAACCUUUCCGUUGUCUGGUCGCCAAGGGGACGCCCUUGGUGUAGUGGUUGGGAAGCUCACAAAAAAAUCUUACGUACAGCAACGCCUCAGUAACACUUGGACCAGACCCAAGUACUAAUGCUGUAUGAAAGAUUUUCUGGUCAACCCAGUUUUUCGCCCAACAGACCUGGUACACAUUCUUGCCUGGUCUUUAUUUUCUAGCUGCCUGUCGAGUGAUCCAUCAUUGCAGAGAUGCGAUAUUAUCUAUUCCUGGGCGCGAUCAUCAUGAUACUGGAGUUCUUGGCCGUGCUUUUUAUUACACCGGAUCUGGCUGGGUA